UUUUUUUUUUUCUUUCUUUCUUUCUUGGACAAAGAAAACAAAUAUUGGUAGUAACUUGUUAGAAAGAAUUUGCAGAGAAGAAAAAUGGAAACAGAUGGAGCUUCAGAAACGUCCAUAGUUCCUGCUGCUGAUGCUAACAAAGAUUUACAGCCUGCCAAAAAUGUUGAUUCUGUAUCAUCUAAUAAUACUGUUUCCUCAAGGGAGGUGAAGGAAGAAGAAGUGACUGCAGACAAAAAGGAGGAGAGGAAAAUAAGGGAUCCCAUGCAAAGACUCAAAACUACCAUCUUAGUUUCAGCCGUCAUUAUUGCGGUGGCCGGUGCAGCAUUUGCCAUAACCAGAAAAUUGAGACAGCAAUGAGCCUUAAUAUGGCUUCUUAUUGGAUGGCGUUACUACGUCCAAAUGUCUAAUCUUUAGUUUCCUUUCCUCUUUUUUUUUUUUUUUCUUUUAUAUAUUCAUUAAAAAGACAGUUAUGGUUGUAGAUAUUCAUUUUUAUUUUAUUUUUUUGAGAAGAGUAGAUAUUCAUAUUUACUAUCGUGGAAGUAGUAAAGACAGACAAAGAUCCCAACUUUUGUCAACUUAAAAUGUUUGUUGUAAUAAUGAAAUGAAACGUGUUUAUUUUUAAGUCCUAAUAUAUUAUAUCAACAAUUUUUUGGCUUA